UCAUGGCGCACGACUUGUGUGUUCUGAUUGGUUGAUCUCAUUCAGGCUCUAUCUUGGAAUUCGUGUUAUGGAAACACACCUGUAACUGCCAAAUACCCGUUUAAAACUGCAAUGCGAUGCAAUGCCACCAGACCCAUACAAGGGGAAUCAAACUACUUCCUUAACACGUGGGGACCAUUUAGAAAUCCACAUGUAAUCGAUAUUACUGUCGGCUCACAAAUGUUGUAACCUUUAUGAAGUAAUGAUUCUCAGUGAAGGUGUGAGCGUGGGGGUGUGGCUUUAGAUUUGCACCUGUGUGUGAAUGUUAAAGGUAGACAUUUGAGACCACGUUUGUAUUGUAAGAUUGAAGGAGUAAAGCGUUUGGCGCGGUGCCCGGUUCCACCCUUCUCUCGUCGCCAAUCAUCCGCCACACUCCGGAUCCUCAUCUCCCUGCAAUUGGGACAGGAAAAGAUGGAGGGUGGGCUACAGAGAAAGACAAAACGUGACGAGGCACCAAAGCGCGCUGUUAUGCAACCACUGACCUACUAACAUACAUUUGAGAGAACUGUGGCGCUGCCCGCUAAGCACUACGUGAACGUCUACUCCGUGAAAUACAAGAUACGAGCCCUCCGAGAGACAGAACACUGCGCCCCGAACCGAACCCGAACCCGAACCGCGACUCAGACUCGGCACCAGCCUGCUUUCGGGAAAUAAAUACAACCGAUUGAAAUACACCAGCGAGGGCAGAAAAUUGUGGACUUUAUUAAACACAUUUUUCUUUUGCCAAAACAGAUCUUUCCCGUUGGCUCUCUUUUGGAAGAAGUUCCAUCACAAGACUAGAACAUCAGGAACUGUUUUCUAAAUCCUGGUUAUCCACAAGAAGGAACUGGAUAAGAUUGAUUGUUUUCCCGGGAAAUAAAGGCUACAAAAUAAAAUCCAACCUGCUAAAUACACACAGACCAAGACACACAACACCUGUCUUUGAGAAUACAGCACUGAACUUCAACAAAUCCAACCCUACAUAAAUGAGGACUAACUUUGUGGAAUAUCAGCUCCUUCUGAUGUCCCUGGCAAGCCUCGACACUUGAACUGCUGUUGAAAGAUUCUACAGAAAAUCAUUGCGAGUCAAUGAGGUUCCUCUUACCCAAUAUAUCUCAUCCCGUUACUAAUUUAGAAACCUGUAGUUACUGGAAACCAGUUUCUCUCCUCUUCUAGGUCUAUCUCGAUGCCAUGAAUGAGUCAUCGGAUCAGACAAUGGAAGGCCUGCACUCUCCUGCCAUGAGCAUUGCUGACAGUUACUAUGAAGAGAGGCUCGGAUCCCCGCCCCCUUCCGGGCUCCUCAAAUCCAAACCCAGCAUGAGCUGCCGACGCAAGCGGGAAUUCAUCUCGGACGAGAAGAAAGACGCCUCCUACUGGGAGAAGAGACGCAAGAACAACGAAGCCGCCAAGCGCUCCCGGGAAAAGCGCCGCCUCAACGACGUGGUCUUGGAGAAGCGUGUGCUGGCCUUGAACGAGGAGAACGUGAGCCUCAAGACCGAACUGCUGCAGCUCAAGCUGCGCUUCGGGCUGAUCAGCGCCUCCUCCUACGUGGAGAAGAGCCAGCAGCUGAGCGCCAGCUCCAUCGACCGCUACUUCUCUUCCAGUGGCUACUCCAGCGGCUCCAGGGUCGUGCUCCACUCCGAUUCCUCCGAGGCUGAGCAGUCGAGCCAGGGCAGGGGGAACGCCCCUCUGGCGAAGUACUCCCCCCGCGGCUCCCUCUCCGAUAUGUCUGACGGUUCUUCCAGGGACAGCCCUGAACCUAUGAACUACGACCUAAAACCAUCCCACAUGGACCUCUCCCCUUCCCCCUCCUCCUCCUCCUCCUCCUCCUCCUCGGAGCAGGAGAACCCUCCGAUGAUGUUCCAGAGUUCAUCCCACCCACGCAGCCACCACCACGAAACGGAAACGGGUUUCCAUCACGGGCAGACGCCCCUCCACAGAGGUGUGAUCCUCUACCGAACCAACGGCAGCUCUUACCUAGUGGAACCCCCACAAGACUCGGAGCAACAGCACCAGCAACCAGCCUCCCUGGAGCAGCUCGACGCAAGCCAGGCUCUGUCCGAUUGCUCGUACCCAGCUCCCCGGCCCCAAAUCCCAGCACCUGCAUCUCCCCUUCCCUACGAACUUUCAAAUCUGGAAGGGCAGGGGGCCUACAGUCGCCCGUCCCCGGCGCGUUACUACACGGAGGACCUCUUGAAACCCAGCUCCACAGCCUUCGAGCACUCCUACCCCAGCCCCCAAGACGAGGGCCCCCCAUCCCACAGCUACGCAGACAGGAGGCACGUCUAUUUCCACAAAGCCUCCACUAAAGAUUGUCCCUCCACCUCCUCCAGCAAGGGCAAUCCCAAGAGCUCUGAUAAAGACACAUCCACCGACGAAGACUCCCCGGCGUCCUGUCCAGAGAUCGGAGACUACCACUGCCUGUCCACCCUACCUCUGUCCCCGUUCCCCCAAACCGACUCCCAAACGGAGAUCAAAGCCACCGCCUUGCCCCACAAAUUGCGGCUCAAGUACCGGGUGCUUGGCAAUAACUUAGAGGCUCCCGUUCUGCCGCAGCACCCCUACCUGGUGCUCACUCACGGCAACCAGCAAGCGGGCAGCGAGAGGGACGACCGCAGCGAGGACCCCGCGGGGAAAGAAGGUGCCUACCAGACACCAGUCGGGUUCUGCAAACCGCGAGAAGGGGAGUCGGAAAGGUGGGCGGUCUCGCGGAUUAAAAGGCGCGACUAGAUUCUAAAGACACUAAGCCCACCUGGUAAGGUCAAGGUGUUGCUGGCACUGUCAUACACUACACAGCACUUGAGUGUUUUCUCUGCUGCAGAAGGAUUAGGGGGUGAGGGAUGCGAAAAAGGGCACGGAAAAGUCCUUUCUUAGACAUCUUUGGAAUUAGCCAGGUAAAGCUAACAAGACUUUCCCAGACCAAGUUGACUUUUUUUACCUGACAUUACGGGAACGUUUCCUUGACCAAAGAAACUAGUUCCAUCCCCAAAACCCCACCCCCAUGCCUCCUAAAAUGUGUUUUUAUUUUAUUUUUUAAUUUUUUUUACAAGCACUUGGAUUGUAAAUUUUAAUGUCAUAUAUAUUUUAAGAAAAAAAAAACAUAAGAAAAAAAAAAAAUAAGGUAACGGAAGAUGAGUGAAUCGGGCCGUUGUGUGGAGAUAUUGUCUUGGAGUUUAACUUUGACUGCCACCAACCCACAGAAAUGCCACCGAGUGUGUUCCAGGCAGAGCCCUUCACAAACUGGUGAGGUAGCGAGGGAUUGGAGCAGGCUCGUACCUGUGUGGUACGGUCGUUCUACAUUAUUCGAAACAGUUCUUAGAAAACUGCCAGCUUUGACCAGUUUAAACCCACUGUCUGCACCGCUGGCUAUUUCUAGGGUUUGUGAUGUUCGUUUUGGGGGAGUGGGGGGGGGGGGGUAAAACUGAAAUAACUGAAUGAGGAAGACUCCGUCCUGAUUCAUAUAGAAAAGGAAAUUGGAUAUUUUUUACCACUAGUUGAAUAGUUUCAUCAAACCCUGUGUUUUUCCUAAAGGAGGUGUAUUACUGAUGAGGAAAUUCAAGACACAUGCCACUGAUGCUACCCACAAACACUAUAUUUAUAUACACAGGUUUUACGGUCUGCUUGAGUCUAUUUCUGACCUUAAUGGCAUUCCAAGACCAGCGAAGGUAGUCCACCCAAAUAGAGAAACUGACUUCAGUUCACAUUUCAAGGGUAUUUAUUGGACCAGGAUAGAGAGCCCUUGAGUCAUACAUCUCAUUUACAAAUGGGGCUCCUGGCAGGAGAAGGCUCCGAGAAAUAAGCAAAACCAUUCAAAACACUUCAAUCCUAAAAACAGGGAUACCAAAUAAAAGUCAAAACAAUUGCCAGUUGACUUGAUCAUGAGUCUCGUUAGUAUUUUACAGGAUUCGCAACCCUGGUUUAAAAUCUGAAUUAAAAAACCCAUUCCUACCCCAGUUUAGUACCCUGAAGAAGCCCCAGCUGGCAGAGCACAGCGUUACCAGCAAUGCAAACACGAUGGAGCUGCACAGCACACUAGAAUCCCUCCCUGCUCCACUCGCUGUAAAAUAGAUCUGUCAAUGCAAUGAAAUACCUGACAGGGUAAAGGUUAUAAAUGUGUUAUUAAGGUGUUGUGUCAUUUUGUUGUUUUUUUUUUACUGUGAUAUUGCCCCCAUUGUGUAAAUGUAUGCUGUGUUUUGUAAUUUUUGUAUUUUAUUUGUAAUGUUGAAACGGUUGUCCUUGUUAUUGUGGUGUUGAGAAACCUUGAAGAGCUUUGAAAAGACACUAAUACUGUUACUGAUGAUGACGAUGAUGAU